AACUUUUGAUUAAUUUCCAGGAUAACUAACGGUAAAGACGACAUGUAGAACUUCUCAUCGCUUUUUUAUUUAUAUUAUACCUUUAAUACCAUGGACGAAAUAGCCGUUGAAGCUUGGAGCGAAAAAAACCUGACCGAGGAUCAACGUUUAGAACUUACCGACGCAGACCUGCCAGAUGCAUUUUCUGAAGAAAGACACACAGAAAAAAUUGAAGGCAUCGACUGGAAGACGCAAACAUGGAGAAUGAAAGAAAGAAUGAAAACAGUCAGUGUAGCAUUGGUGCUCUGCCUUAAUGUUGGCGUUGAUCCCCCAGAUAUUGUAAAGACACAGCCUUGUGCCAGGUUGGAGUGUUGGAUCGAUCCUUUGAGUAUUUCUGGUCAAAAGGCGUUGGAGAAUAUUGGUCAGGCGUUGCAGCUACAGUAUGAAAGAUGGCAGCCUAGAGCAAGAUACAAACAAACCUUGGAUCCCACAGCAGAAGAUGUGAAAAAGCUCUGCCUUUCUCUAAGACGCAACGCCAAAGAAGAAAGAGUUCUCUUUCACUAUAACGGUCAUGGAGUUCCUAAACCCACCACAAACGGAGAAAUUUGGGUUUUUAACCGCACUUACACUCAAUAUAUUCCCUUGAGCAUAUACGAUCUGCAAUCCUGGAUGGGAGCUCCUUCUAUUUAUGUUUAUGAUUGCCCCAAUGCAGGCAUUAUUGUGGAGAGUUUUAAAACUUUCGCUGCGCAACAUGAAAGUGAAUAUCAGCAGCAAAUUUUGGCUUCUAAUAACUCAAGAUCUAGUCUUGCCUCACCUGUACCUUCAUUUAAGGAUUGUAUUCAGUUGGGUGCGUGUGCAAGCUAUCAAUGUUUGCCAAUGAAUCCCGAUUUGCCUGCCGAUUUAUUUACCUCUUGCCUUACAACUCCAAUAAAAAUCGCCCUGAGAUGGUGUGUACUUAGACCCACAGCACAACUAAUUCCAAAUGUAACUUUGGACAUGGUGGAUAAAGUUCCAGGAAAUAUAACGGAUAGAAAAUCGAUGUUUGGUGAAUUAAACUGGAUUUUUACAGCAAUUACAGAUACAAUUGCUUGGAACGUCUUACCUCGAGACCUAUUUCAAAAGCUUUUUAGACAAGAUUUAUUAGUUGCUAGCUUGUUCAGGAAUUUCUUAUUAGCAGAAAGAAUAAUGCGGGCAUAUGAUUGUACUCCUAUUUCAUCACCGUCAUUGCCCCCAACUUAUCAACAUCCUAUGUGGGACUCUUGGGAUUGGAUGCUGGAUUUAUCUUUGGUACAGUUGCCUGGGAUUCUUAAGGGUACUAAACAGUAUAAAAACCUUCCAUUCUUUGAAGAACAACUCACUGCUUUUGAAGUCUGGUUGGCAUUCGGAUCAGAAAAACGUCGUCCUCCAGAACAACUCCCAAUAGUCCUUCAGGUAUUGUUAAGUCAAGUGCAUAGGACUAGAGCUUUAGAACUUUUAGGAAAAUUUCUGGAUUUAGGGCCUUGGGCUGUAAACUUGGCCUUGUCAGUUGGAAUCUUUCCUUAUGUUUUAAAAUUACUGCAGAGUUGCGCAAAAGAAUUGAGACCAUUAUUGGUUUACAUUUGGGCAAAGAUUUUAGCUGUUGAUAAUACAUGCCAAGCUGAUUUAGUGAGGGAGCAAGGUCACAAGUAUUUUUUGAGCAUAGUCCAGGACCCUUCAAUGACUUCUGAGACUAGAACACAAGCUACAUUUGUCCUGACUUGCUUGGUUUCUAAUUUUAAGGAUGGACAAGAAGCCGCACUGCAAGGUUCACUAGUGACAAUUUGUCUAGAACAACUUGGAGAUCCAAACCCACAACUACGUCGUUGGGUCGCUAUAUGUCUGGGCCGGCUCUGGGAUAAUUAUGAAAGCGCUCGAUGGACCGGUGUUCGGGAUACAGCUCACGAAAAACUUUACACUUUGUUGAAAGACUCUUGUCCAGAAGUUAGAGCCGCCGCAGUGUACGCCUUAGGAACAUUCAUUAAUGCUGUUUACCGGCGAUCCGAACACGCUAAUACCAUUGAUCAUGCUAUCGGAAUGACUCUAGUUAACUAUGCUGGAAAUGAUGCAAGCGCUUUGGUGAGAAAAGAGCUUGUAGGCGCAUUGCAAUGGCUGGUUCUGGCUUUUGAUGUUUCUUUUGCCGCUGUCGCUAGAACUCUGCAAGAAGGACAUCUUACUUCGGAAAAUCAAUCUUGCAACACUUUGCCAAGAAUCACAAGCAGAGACAGAUUAAUACAUCAAGAACAAGGAACAUUUAGAAGGAUUCCAUCUAGUCCGACGAUUAACAAUAUGACAAGCCCUUCGAAUAUUAAUAGCUGCUAUAGCGGGAGUUUAGGGACUCUUCCCGGGUUAGGAUACGGAUCGGUUUAUAUGAAAAUUUGGAUGGCUUUAUGUCAGCUGGAGAAUGAUCCAUAUCCUGAGGUAUCCCAAAUGUGUUUGACGGUCACUGGACAUAUAAGAGCCUUAGUUAAAGAGCAACGGGAAUUGGAGAAUAAGACGUCGAGUAUUAGUUUACCUCCUAGUCCCAAUCGGGGAUUUUUGUCUGGGGAGAGUCCGCCCACAAUGUAUCAAAGCGGAGAUUUUCAAACCAAGCUUACCAGGUCAGCUGUGGCCAAUAGAACAAAGAAAAAGAAGAUAUCUGUAGACGAGAGCGAUCAGAAAUCCCAGCACAGACAACCUUUAGUGACGACCAACUUUGUAGCAUGGUCUGCUAAACUAUUUACUAAAAAAACAAAAAAAAGUGUAGAUAAGCAAUCGCAACCUUAUUACGAACGUGAGUGGAGAUUGACAAGGAACACCAAUAUUAGAGCUGAAGCGAUAGAAGAGCAAAAUCGAGCUAUAAAUAGUCGAUUAGAGUCUCAGUUGUAUCAGACAAGAACUCCAGUGCCUCCGACCCUUCUACAACUGCAUCCUUUUGAACAGCAUAUUGCUGUGGCAGGCAGCGACUCGUUCGCUAUCUGGGAUUGGGGUACGGGAGCAACUGUUUACCAUAAUAAGAUUGCGAGCAAAUCAGGACAAAGCCCUAGGGUGACAUCAUUAGAAUGGAUUAAUGGACAUGAUUUGGGUUUACUUCUUGUGGCAGCUGAUGAUGGAAGUCUUAGGAUUUGGAAACCAGAAUCCCAGGAUGCUAAACUAAUAGCAGCUUGGCAGGCCUUUAGUAGUUUUAAAGCUAGACAAACGGGUAUGAUAGUCGCUUGGGAACAGUGGACACAAACCGUGAUAACGACCGGUGAUACUAGAGUGUUAAGAUUGUGGGACGUAGAAAAAGAAUUAAAAGUUAUUGACAUACAGACAGGGACUGAUGCUUCUGUAACCUGUUUGGAUUCGUCGUACGCGGGGCCGAGUUUGGAUGUGACUCCACUAGCGUAUAAAAGGCGAAAAUCUACUGUGAUAGAUAACGCGGAUAGUGACGAUCGCAAAUUGAAUCCCCGAAUGGGUUAUGCUGUAGCAGGGUGUGCGGAUGGCUCGGUAAGACUUUUCGAUCGUCGGUGUUCACCUCAAGACGCACGAGUGAAUGUGUGGAUGGAGCAUAGCGGCCCUGUACUUUCUGUGCAACUAAAAGACAAUCUUGUGAUUAGCGGUAGCAGCGACGGCGACGUAAAAUUAUACGAUAUACGAAAAAAUGACUCGCUACAUACAAAUAGUGUUAUUCAAAAUUAUGGAAUGUCCUGUAUGUCGAUCCACCGGAGUGCCAACAUUUACGCUUGUGGCUCAGCAAAUCAGUUUAUCAGCAUUAACACACUUAAAGGUAAUGCACUAAAUACUAUAAGAUUCUACGAGGGAUUUAUGGGACCUAAAAUUGGCCCUGUCAGCUGUCUUAACUUUCACCCUCAUAGAGUUCUUUUAGCUGCUGGUACUACUGAUUGCUAUGUGAGUAUUUACAGUUUGGAGCGACGGUGACGAAGUGACUUGCAGCCCUAGGGACACAUUCCGGGGGCUUGUAUCAGAAGUCUAUUUUCUGGAGGCAUUUGAUUAUAAUUAUUUGUGCGAUGCUAUUGUAAACCGUUCGAAAAUGUAAUGUUGAAAAAGGGAAACAUCCCAAUAAUAGUUUAUCAAUAUAUACUUUUAAAAUAA